AUGGCCAAGAAACCUGCACCAGGAUCCAGUAAAUUAUCUGUCUACCUGUACGUUCCUAAUAUCAUUGGAUACAUCCGGGUGCUUUUGAACUGUCUUGCCUUCUCUUUAUGUUUAACAAACAAAAUCGUUUUCCCUAUUCUCUACUUUUUCAGUUUUGUAUGUGAUGCUGUGGAUGGCUGGUGUGCUCGAAGAUUCAAUCAAGUGUCAACAUUUGGAGCUGUGCUGGAUAUGGUAACAGACAGGAUUAGUACUGCUUGUCUUCUUGUAGUUCUGUCCCAAUUAUACAAGCCUGGCCUGAUCUUCUUGUCAUUGCUCGCCUUAGACAUUGGCAGCCACUGGUUUCAAAUGUACAGCACUUUCUUGGCUGGCAAGGCUAGCCAUAAAGAUGUAAAAGACAGCACCAACUGGCUUUUCAGGGCAUAUUAUGGAAAUAGGAUGUUUAUGGCUUACUGCUGUGUCUCAUGUGAGGUUCUUUAUCUGAUCUUGUUUUAUCUUGCGGAUAAUCAAACAGAGACAUUGGUGGAUGUUUUAUCAAGUAAUUUACAAAAGAUAACCUUAAUCUCUUUCCUAAUUGCCACAAGUUUAUUUGGAUGGGCAACCAAGCAAAUUAUAAACGUUAUUCAGAUGAAGACAGCAGCAGACAUGUGUGUGCUUUAUGAUAUCAACAAAAAACAGAAGCAUUGA